AUGUCGAGGGAUCUAACCAAUUUAGGCGUAGAACAAGCUCACAUCAAAUUACCUAAGCCAAUUGGACCUGGGAAUUCUCAUGGAAAAGAUUAUACCAAAGCAUUUGAAGUAAAAGUUAUAGCAACUGCUUGUAUAAAGGAGAAACUAGAAGUGGCACGCAUAUUUGGUGCUCAUCAAUGUGUGGACAAUUCUGGAAGCCAAAAAUGGUGGAAGACCUGCUUGGAGCAAACGGGUGGUAAAGGUGUUGAUUUGGUUUUCGACUUGGUAGGACUAGUCGAUUCGAGUCUGAAGUGCUUAAGCCAUGAAGGGCGCAUACUGACCGUUAUGUUCGCGGGCAGAGAAAGAAAUCUAGAAAAGGUAGCUAUGAAUAAAGUUCUUUUAAAGCAUUCGAAGAUCAUUGGCUACACAGGUGACCCGACUCCAGAAGCGACAUUGCAACCAUGGAACGGGCCCAAUGAGAUGUUGGAAACAGGUCUCGUGAAGCCCAUUGUAUUUGAUCAUAACUAUAAUAGUUUGGAAAGUGUUGUAAAAGCAUUGGAAGACCUGAGCGCUCGUAAAAUGUGA